CAUAUAUUAAAUUAAUUUUUAGAUUGUUAACUAUACUCGUUUGAUGGAGCUUUUGAUUUUGGAAAUUGGAACACCAAACCGAACUAGGAAUAGUAAAGAAGAUAAAAUGUUACCAGGAGCAUGUAUUCUUAUAAUGUUUUAUGCAAGAUGGUGUAUUUUCAGUAGUCAAGCAGCUCCUGAUUUUAAUGCAAUACCAAGGUUCUACCCACAUAUAAAAGUUGUUGCAAUUGAUGCAAUGAAAUAUCAAAAUUUUAAUACACAGUAUGGAAUAGUAGGAGUACCGACAUUAAUACUUGUUCAUAAUGCAAAACCUGUGGCAAAAUUUAAUGCAACUGUAUAUACUCUGGAAAAUUUUUCUAAAUUUAUAUCUCAAUUGACAAAUCUACAACCAAAUGAAUCCUUAUAUGUUACAUCUGCAGAUUUUAGUGGCCCAGUGUCAUUUACUCCUUCAAAUGAAACAGAUUAUUGUUUAGUUUUAUCAUGGAUUUUUAUUACAGCAUGUCUACUUUAUUUUACCUCACAAAGUCAGUUGUGGAAACAAUUUAUGGAACUUGUACAAAAUACAUGGAGAGAAAGUAAUGCAGAACAUGAACACAUUGAUUAAGACUCUUUAAAUAUUAUUAUUUAAUUAGUAAAUGUAAUAUAUUUGCCUAACAUUAAA